AGAAUCACAAGAAUUGCAGUUGAAGCAAGAAUUGCACUGUGCAGUCAUGUUUGAAAUUAAGAAGAUCUGUUGCAUUGGUGCGGGCUACGUCGGGGGACCCACCUGCAGUGUCAUUGCUCAGAUGUGCCCUGAAAUCAAGGUGACAGUCGUGGAUGUCAACGAGUCAAGAAUCAAUGCGUGGAAUUCUCCUACCCUUCCUAUUUAUGAGGUGAACACACCAACCAAAACCUAUGGCAUGGGCAAAGGCCGGGCCGCCGAUCUGAAGUACAUCGAAGCUUGUGCUAGACGCAUUGUGCAAAACUCAAAUGGGUACAAAAUUGUGACUGAGAAAAGCACAGUUCCGGUGCGGGCAGCAGAAAGUAUUCGUCGCAUAUUUGACGCAAACACAAAACCCAACUUGAAUUUGCAGGUGCUGUCCAACCCUGAGUUCUUGGCAGAGGGGACGGCCAUCAAGGACCUGAAGAACCCAGACCGAGUCCUGAUCGGAGGGGACGAGACGCCCGAGGGCCAGAAAGCCGUGCAAGCCCUGUGUGCUGUGUAUGAGCACUGGGUUCCCAGAGAAAAGAUCCUCACCACUAAUACUUGGUCUUCAGAACUUUCCAAACUGGCAGCAAAUGCUUUCCUUGCCCAGAGAAUCAGCAGUAUUAACUCCAUAAGUGCCCUGUGUGAAGCAACCGGAGCGGAUGUGGAAGAGGUUGCAACAGCCAUUGGAAUGGACCAGAGAAUUGGAAAUAAGUUCCUGAAAGCCAGUGUUGGUUUUGGUGGGAGCUGCUUCCAAAAAGAUGUUCUGAAUUUGGUUUAUCUCUGUGAGGCUCUGAAUUUGCCUGAAGUAGCUCGUUAUUGGCAGCAGGUCAUAGAUAUGAAUGACUACCAGAGGAGGAGGUUUGCAUCUCGGAUCAUAGACAGCCUGUUCAACACUGUGACUGAUAAGAAGAUAGCGAUCCUGGGCUUUGCAUUCAAAAAGGACACUGGUGAUACAAGAGAAUCCUCCAGUAUCUACAUCAGCAAAUACCUGAUGGAUGAAGGUGCACACCUCCAUAUAUAUGAUCCGAAAGUACCCAGGGAACAAAUUGUUGUGGAUCUCUCCCAUCCAGGGGUUUCACAGGAUGACCAAGUGACUCAACUUGUGACCAUUUCCAAGGAUCCCUAUGAAGCAUGUGAUGGAGCCCAUGCCGUUGUCAUUUGCACGGAGUGGGACAUGUUUAAGGAGCUGGACUAUGAACGCAUUCACAAAAAGAUGCUCAAGCCAGCCUUUAUCUUUGACGGGCGGCGUGUCCUGGACGGGCUCCACAGUGAGCUGCAGACCAUUGGCUUCCAGAUUGAAACAAUUGGCAAAAAGGUAUCUUCAAAGAGGAUUCCAUAUGCUGCUUCUGGUGAGAUUCCAAAGUUUAGUCUUCAAGAUCCACCAAACAAGAAACCUAAAGUAUAAACAUCGAGGUUUUUAUUUGACUGUUUUGCUACUUCAGGAUAGCAAAUAUCUGAUAUUAAAAUGGUAAAUGAACCAAGUUGUUUUUAAGGAAACAAAAUUAUUUUUUUAAUCAUCAAGUUUAUACUACUAUAUGGCUAUUAGCAUCUGACUUAUGAAUCUAGAAUAUUUUUACAUAUUUUUAUAUUAUUAGCUCAGUUAUUGGAUAGAAAAUAAUCAUGUUGGUGUUAAUCAUGUCAAUUUUUGUGAAAUAAAAACUAAAUUUAAAACACUUUUUACUUUACAAAUUGUCCACAAGUAGCACUUUAAUGUCACAUUGUAAAGGAAAAAGCAUUUUGGUUUUCUUUGUAACCAGUUUAUUUGCUUGUUAUUAAGUAUGUAUUUUGAAGCCAUGAUAUUACUGUGCUAAGUAGCCUUUACAAGUAUGGUCAGGUUAAAGUUCUUUGUUCCUUUCAUUUUAAUGCAAUGUGCCAUUGAUUUUUUCACCCAAAAAGAUUAUCACUGUGCAUUUCCAACCACUCUAACUUGAAGAAUGCUCCCUUUUGAAAAAAAUGUUUAGCUGGGUGUGGUGGCUCACACCUGUAAUCCCAGCGCUUGGGAGGGUGAGCAGAAGGAUUGCUGUGAGUUCAAGGCCAGCCUGAACUACAGAGCAAGACCCCGUCUCAAAAAAGAAAAUUUUUAACCCAAAGAGAAAAUCACUGGUAUGGUCUGGUUUGCUGUUUCAUAGCUUUCCUCAUCAGUUAUUACCUUUGUAGUCUAAGAGUUAAAAAUGUUUGCUACCUUUAUACAUAUUGCAUUUUUAUUUCUAUUCAUGGUAAUGUUUCCUUUAAGAAGAUGAAUAUAAUCUUAUACAUAAACUAAAAGACUUUACAAAUUAGACAUAGCAUUAUUCUAAAGAAUUUUGUGUGUAUUCCCUUCUGCUUUUUUCUUAUGUCUCUUGUUAACUUACAUUGAGGUGGUUAUUCUGGCUCGUGGUUGGUUGAUGACUAUUGAAUAUGUCAGAUGUCCUUUGAUGCUUGGUUCUGCUGAGUGUACUACCUUCAGUUACACAGAUAGGGGCCUCACCCAUUAGGAAUGUUAUGGCUCAGUAAGAAAAGGGAGUCACAUAUAAAGAUGAGGCCAGAGACAUCUGUAUAAUAACAGAUACAUAAAUCAGACAUUGUGUGUCAGCAGCUGUGUGCAUGCCAUUUUGUCAUGGAGUAAGUGACUAAUGAGUCAUGGUGCUCUGAGAGUGAGAAGAAAUAACUCCUCAUUCUCUAGGGAAAAAGGCUUUGCAUCAUUCUUUCAAAUGAUCAAGAAAGGACGGGAGGGCUGGGGAUUUAGCUCAGUGGUUUCGCUGCCUGCUUCCCAAGUUCAAGGACCUGAGUUCGAUCUCCGGCACCAAAAAAAAAAAAAAAAAGGAAAUUUAAAUUUAGCAAGUAACCAGGCCUUGAGAAGUGUUGGCCAGCCACACGGGAGCUAAGUGGUUUUAUUCUCACAUGUUACAUCUCAAAUAGUUACGUAAGUCCCUACAUAACACCCUCAGUUUUGCCUCUUGGCCUGAAAAAUAUAAAAAUAUUUGCUAUCUGGACCUUUAAGAAACAAUCUGCAAAAAAAAAAAAAAAAAGAAAGAAAAAAGAAUCUCCACACUGUU